GUGAAAGGUGAAUUUUGUCAUUUUGGCCUAAAGCUAAAACCCUCUUCCUUCUUCCUAAAGUCUCAAGACUCAUCAGGGAAACUCACUACCACCAAAACCAAAAACAAUUCCUUGCUCUCUCCUCUCCUGAUCAUGUUUCGAAUCCUAAAACCCAACUCCCUAACAUCAUCAUCGAGCCACCAAUUCCUCCAAAAAUGCGGCGUCAGCAAAACCGCAAAGGGAAAGGACAAAAUGAAAUCAGGCCAACUCUUGAAGCGAACAAGAACCAACACCAAAAAAGGCACCAUCGCCACUGAAUCACCCAAACCCGGAAAAGGUUUCGAGAGACAAGACCGAUUGGAGCAACUAUGUCUCAACGCUCCCACUCCUAUUCGCUACUUAAACCCCAGAGAAAGAGCCCGCGAAGCUCAGAGAGAGAAAUUGGGACUCAUCAGCAAAGAGCGCCAGCGCGAGCUCGACAUCUUGAAGAAGCAGAACAGCAAGAAGGCUUCCAAGAAGGAUAAGGAAGUGUUUCAGGAGAUCAUGGGGACACCCGGCUUGGAUCUCAUUUCGCUUGGGAUUGUGGAUGCUGACUUGGUUCCCAAAUAUGAGCUCACUGCCGAGGAUGGCAAGCGGUUGGCCAAGGAGUAUAGUCGGGUUUUGAUGAGGAGGCAUCGUGCGAGGCAGGCCGCUGAGUCUACCCUUCUUAGGUUGAAGAAAGAGGCCAUUGAGGCGUUGCCGGAGGAGCUUAGAGCUGCUGCUUUGGUACCGGACCUUACUCCGUUUCCUGCCAAUCGGUUCAUGGCCACAUUGACUCCACCGAUUGAAGGGUACAUUGAUAAGGUCAUGGAAGCCGCCAAGAAGAGCAGUGGCAAGGAGAAGAUGAGAUGAGAUGAGAUUAUCUCAAUUCCCAGAUGGAGCUAUGUUUUUAAGCCUGAAGAACUUCAACUGUUUCACAAGCGGCAACUGGAAGUCAUGGACCUGUAUUUUUGGGUUCAGGUGGGAGACCAAGGACCAAUUGACUGGUGCAAUAAUCUUGCUGAAUUUAGGACUACAUGUUCUGGUAAUUAUAACCUGUUUGUUUGGGUGGCUUUUGAUGGUCAAAGCAUAUGUAUGGUUUCUGAUAACUAGUGUCUUUUUUUGCCCAAUUAGUGGAUUUUACAUGUUCAAAUCCAUCAUGAUUUAUUUUGAUUCAAUCCAAUAUUGCAAACUGCUUGAACAAUAUGGUUAGGAAAAAGUUAA